AUGUCAUUGGAGGCGAUUGUGCUCCUCAUCCUCUUCAUCCUAGUCGCCGCUCUGCUCCUCUACUACUACAUCCGCCGACUACAUCCUCUCCCUCACUCCGCCGCGGCGCCCCUCCACAGCUCAAGCUCUCGCCGCCGGCAAGUCUCUCCCGCACCUCCCUCCUCCUCCGCCGGCCUCCCCCUCCCGCGGUUCAAGUUCUCCGACUUGACUCGCCCCGGCUCCGUCACCGUCACCGGAGACUGCGCGAUCUGCCUAUCGGAGUUCGAGCCGGACGACGACCUCCGCCUCCUCCCGCUCUGCCUACACGCCUUCCACGUCGAGUGCAUCGACACCUGGCUCGCCGGCGAGUCGCGGAUCUGUCCGAUUUGCCGCGCCGAGAUUUUCCGGUCCGACUCGGACCUCUUCCGCGCUACCGCCUCCGGCGGAAGCUUCCGGCUGGAGAUCGGCAACGUCAGCCGCGGACGGCGGCCUGACACGGCGGCGUUUUCGAGCUCGCGAGUCCACUCGCUUAGCGGAGGCGAGUUGGAGUACAUUGUGGAUCAGGAGUGGGAGCUUCUGAUGUUGCCGGUUCCCGACGGCGGAGAGGAGGGGGAGAACGUUGCCGUCGUAAUCGAUGGCCAAGCUCCGUCGGCGGACACGUCGGAGUAUCAGGGUGGCCACGGCAUGGUUUUUACAGGUAGCAGCCGUCGGUGGACGGAUUUGUCGGCGGUAUUUGAGGCACUUUCACGGUGGCUGUCCUGA